UUUACGUAACCCACAAGAGCGUCAUGGUGCGUGCAGCGCCUGGAUCCCACCCUGAACUUGGAACCAAGUUCAUCAAUGCGAAGGUACUCCUCCGUAAACCAGCCAAAUCGAGUCCGAAAAACCCCACCUCAAAGUCGUCGGCAUUAAGUAAACUCCAGAUCUCCACAUCCUUACCUCCCUACAACUCUGGCUGUGCCGAGUCUCGCCCUGCCGUGGUCUGGAACAGUCCAAUCGUAAAAGACAGGAUGCAGAUACAGGGGGUGGAUGGAUCCCGUUGCGGCGUGUCGACACCGCAAUCUAAAUGGCGGCGAGGGAAGGCGUAUGAGUCGCGAGGGGCCAUAUCAACUGCCGAGAAUAGACAAACGGGGACACGAGGAUCUUAAACGCCAAUUGUCCUCCCAUAUGUCCUGACGUGGAGGCCUUCCACUUCGUUUUUUCUCCGCAACACCUUCUGUAUCGACCAAAGUCGUGCGAUCGUUUGUGGCUAAAUUGGGUUCAUCGACAUUCGAUCCUGCGCUGUGAACCCGAACGAUUCGUCUGUUACGUGGAUUCGCUGUCAGACAUUCUCCAGUCUUCCUUUUAAUUACUUUUUGUUUGGUUAAUUCCUCUAUUUGUUUGUUUUUUUCUUUUUUUCUUCUUCUGCAUAAACAAAGGACGUUUCGAGAUUAUGGCAUGUAGCACUAUACUCUUAAGGGAGAAGGUGACAAGUCUUAACUUUUAUAAAGCUUUGAUUGAUUUAAAUUAAGAAUUCCUCUUUAAGUAGGCUUUAUACUUAGAAUAAUUAGUCUACAGUCCUCUUUAAGGCAUUUAACUUAGAAUAGUUAGUCUAAAUACCUUAAAAUGAGAAGAUGAGGGAGAAUGCAUUUUUUUUUCCUUCCUACAUGGCAUAAAUAGUAUUGUUUCUUAAAAUUUCUAUUGGGCCCCUUUCAAAGAGGUGUCUUUUUUUUUUAUUAUUAUUUUUUUUUUGAAAGUAGCAAUGUUAAAUUAAAAGAAAAGGAUGGUAUAUUGAGAACUUGGUCCGACCUAAGAUUGUCAGGUCUAUUAAUUCCAAUAAUAGAUUCUACUUAGAAGAAAAUAAAUCACCUAAACAGAAGAUGGUGUUGUAAUACCAUAUAUUAUUAAACUUAGCUACCAAUUUAGUAUGUAUUAGUAUGCUACAUAAUCUUAUAUAACUCAUGAUGUGGAUUUAGUGGGCCAUGGUUGUAAAGAUAGUUUUGUGCCAAGCUCUAUGAAUUACUAAAGCUUUGUCCAUCAUUUCAUUUAUAAAAAUCUUCCUA